GCUGUGAGGGCUAAGUGAGGGGGGGCUCAGAAUGAGGCAACUGGAUUCCAAAGCGAUGUGUGGGCCGUGAGCUCAGAGCAUCCAGGGCCUGGGGGAGGGUCCGGCCGCGCCCGGGGGGCGCCGAGCUUGGGGCCCGGGAGCAGGCCGUCCGAGGGCCCCCCGACAGGGGCUCUCUCUGAUGGGCGGGGGAGCCAGGCUCCCGGCGCCCACCCGUGGGCAGUAACUGGAGGGCCCGCACGGUGUCGCUCUGGCCCUGGGGGGAGGGGGGCGCGGGGGAGGGGCGUGGCCAAGGCCCCCCACGGGGCAGGGGGGCAGGGGGCGGGGUCUCUGGGCCCAUGGCCUGGCUUGGCGUUGGCAGCCACCCCAAUCUGCCAGGGCACUGACCAGAGGAGGUAGUGAGAGAGACCGCAGCCCUCGGGGGAGAGUCAGCCAUGACGGGAGAAAAGGGAGAGGAGGAUGAGGAGGACCUGAGCUGGGACCUGGAGGACCUCACCAUGGAGGAGCUGAGGGAGGGGCAGGCGGCCGCCCGGGCCCUGGAGGACACGCUGGCUUUGAGCUCCCAGGCGCUGCUGCAGGCCGAGGUGGAGGACCUGUACCGGGAGGUCCGCCAGCUGGGCCAGGGCCGCUUCGGCCGGGUCCUGCUGGUCACCCACCGACAAAGAGGGACCGCCAUGGCCCUCAAGCUUCUCUCCAAGGCCUCCACGACGCGCCAGGGCUUCCUGUACGAGUUCUGUGUGGGGCUGACCCUCGGCUCUCACCCCGGCAUCGUGGCCACCUACGGGAUUGGGCUGGAGACCCAGACCUGCUACGGCUUCCUCUCGGAGCCGGCCCUGCACGGGGACCUCAUCGCCCUGAUCCAGCCCAAGAGGGGCCUGCCCGAGGCGGCAGCUCAGCUCUGCGCGCAGCAGCUCUCCUCGGCCUUGGAGCACAUCCAUUCGCGGGGCCUCGUAUACCGAGACCUGAAGCCCGAAAACGUGUUGGUCUUCGAGCCGGGCUGCCGGCGGGUGAAGCUGACCGACUUCGGGCACACGCGGCCCCGGGGGACCCUGCUGCGCCUGGCCGGGCCCCCCAUCCCCUACACCGCGCCCGAGCUCUGCGACCCCGGCCGCCGGCCUCAGGGGCUGCCCAUCCAGCCCUCGCUGGACGCCUGGGCCCUGGGGGUCCUUCUCUUCUGUCUCCUCACGGGCUACUUCCCCUGGGACCAGCCGCUAGCCGGGGAGGACCCCUUCUACCAGGACUUCCUGGACUGGAGAGCCUCUGGGAGGGCCUGCGACCGCCCCGCCCCUUGGGCCGCCCUGAGCCCCACGGCCGACCGGCUGCUGGGGCUGCUGCUUGACCCUCGGCCCCGGCUCAGGGGCCCCGUGGGCUCCGUGCGGGCCUUUCUGGGCCAGUGCUGGCAGGAGAGGGCCCGGAGCCCGCAGCUGGCCGGGAAGGGGGAAGGGAGGGAGGAGGAGGGGGAGCAAGAGGAGGGGGCCGAGUGAGGGGCCGGGCCCUCUGAGCGCUUCCUCAGUUUCCCCCUGCUGCUCGCUGCCCUGCCCGGCCUUCUCCUGUUCCCUUCUGUUCUCCGGCCGCCUUCCUUUCUCCUGGGUCCGGGUCCGGCUUCCUGUCGGCAAUAAAGCCUCGGCAUCCUU